AUGACCUAUCCCGUGGCAUCUUCCACCCCCGCAAACAAGCCGACCUCUUCACAUGGCGCCGAACUAGACGUUCAGCAUCAGCUGUGCCAGGACUUUUGGUUCCCGGAUGGUAAUAUCAUCGUUCUAGCUGGCGCGUGCGUGUUCAAAAUUCACCGCGGACAGCUUGAGCGCCAUUCGGACGUCUUCAAAGAUAUGUUUUCGAUGCCCCAGCCCAAGAUGCAAUCACAAAUCUACGGGCUCCCCUUCAUCGAACUGUAUGAUAGCGCCUCAGAUGUGUACUACCUUCUGAAGGCAUUGUACGAUGGCUUAUAUCUAAAAAAGCCUAUGCCAAGGGAGUUUCCGUUCCUAGCGGGCGUACUCCGUCUGUCAACCAAAUACCUCCUCGAGAGCCUCCGUGACAUAUGCAUAGCCUACCUCCAGCGCGACUUUCCUCUCACGCUUGAAGAAUGGGACAAGAGAGAGAAGACUGUGACUGAUCCCAACGGGCGUUACAGCCCUCGUGAUAGCGUUCCCAACCCGAUCCUCGUCAUUAAUCUCGCUCGCGAACUCAGUCUGCAUACCAUAUUACCCGCAGCGUUCUACGACCUCGCACGCUACGGAACCUCCAAGACCGCCCUGGGCACUGUUCCAUACCAACCAGUCUUCCCACCAGCCGCAGCCGUCCCCCCAUCCAGUACCGUUCUUGCAUCCGAUGCCACACCUACACCUCCACCCACCAUACGCUCGAACGUCUUCCUCUCGCACGAAGACCUGGUGACGACCUUCCGCGGACGCGAAGCCGCCCAACGCUCCAUCGCCGCCUUUGUCUCCAAGGAACUGGCAGAACGCCCGCUCUGCGCCUCCUGCGCGCACAAGGACGACGAGGACGGCCGGCAAUGCCACGAGUCCUUUUACUUCAUCACCCUCAACACCCUGCGCUCCGUCGGCGGCAUCGCCUCGGGGCGGGACGCCGACCCGCUCUUCACCCUCCUCCAGACGAUCGACAUGCUGCACCGCACGGACUUUUCGGACGGCGAACGCUUGUGCGGGCUGCGCCUUUGUUGCUUUUGCAAGUUAGACUUCGCGAGCGCGGUCAACCGCGCCCGGGCCGAGUUGUGGAAAGAGAUACCGGCGUGGUUCGAUCUGGAAGACUUCGAGAAGCUGCAGAAGGGUGAGAGCCAGAGCAAAGAGGGAUGGUGUCUGGUCUGA